UGUCAGAACUUCUGUGUUUGAUCUUUCUAAUCUCUUUGAUUAAUUAGGCAAAUUACUUGAUUAAGAGAACUCUAAUUAAUGGCUCCGCCCCCGCCGUCCUCAUCUCCGUCGCCGCCGGUGUCAAUGAGAGCAGUGCUCGUCCUCCUCCUUAGGGUUUUGACGGCGGUUUUCCUCCUCGUAUCGGUCAUCGUUCUCGGCACAAACACGAGCACCUUCGAGAUUGGUCGGCUCUCUGUAAAAUUCGAGUUUAAAGACGUCUAUGCAUAUAGAUACAUGUUGUCAGUUGCUGUGAUCGGACUAGCUUACGCGGUUACUCAACUUUUCUUCUCCAUCUUCCAAUUCGCCACCGGAAAAAUCAAUCCCUUCAACUAUCAGCUCGAUUUUUACGGCGACAAGAUCAUGUCAUGUUUUCUUGCAACGGGUUCUGCGGCUGGAUUCGGAGUAACAAAGGACUUGAAAGCGACACUAUUGGCGUUGUUGGAGUUAACGAUCGAUUCGACGGAUCCCGUGGACAAGUUCUUCAGCAAAGGAUACGCCUCCGCCGUUAUUUCGAUGUUUAAUCGCUUUAGUGCUAUGAUGAAGCCAUAUCACGAAUCUCUUGAUAUUAAGUGA